AUGGAGGGUACUGCAAACUUGGUAGUAUAUCGCGACGGUGAGAUAAUACGUAUUACUCAUGAGGGAGUGAUGUUUGUGUGCCAGAAUCCGUUUGCGUUUGUGGUUCCAUGCACCAUGACGUUUAUGGAACUUCAGAAUGGUCUCUGUCAAAGCAUGGAGAACGGUACGUUAAUGAGAGUGAGCAGAAUUCUGUACCGGAAUCCGGUUGUAGUUUUUGGUGGUCUAAUACAGUUUGAUACCAUGCCAAUCACUGACGAAGUGACUAUGCAUAAUAUGUUUCAAAUUCAUCGGCAGACUCAGAUGCGACAGCCACAUAUUGAGCUGUAUGUUGAGUUUGAAACCGUAGAGGCGGAAGGGAUUCAGAAUGACUUAGAGGUGGAGGAUGAUAGAGCAGCAGUGUACGAGGGAAUGAAUAGUGACAGCGAAGAGGACUUCGAAGCUACUUAUGAAGCCGGCGACGAAGACGAGGAUAGUGAUGUGGGAGUUGAGACAGCAGCUUAUAAUGUAGUGGUUCACCCAUCGAUCAGUCAACCGAUGAACGUGCCACCUUUUAUGCGUGAGUUGGAUCUUGACGUCAUGCAUGCACCGGAGUUUCCGGAAUAUUCAAACAUAGACGUUGCUGAUCCCGAGGACGGAGAGUUCCAGAUUGGAGUGGAAUACAGUUCUAGAAAGUCGGUCGUGGCAGCAAUUAGAAGUUACACUAUCGCUAGAGGAGUUGACUACGACGUGUAUGAGUCUGAGCCACAAACGUUCUAUGCAAAAUGCAAGAUGUAUGGGCGUGGGUGCGACUGGCUUAUCCGAGCCAGCUUGAUACGGAAAAAAGGUUGUUGGGAGAUACGCAGAUACAACGGUAGGCACACGUGCACAACUGGAGUGAUUUCACAGGAUCAUUCGAAGUUGGACUCGGACACAGUUGCUGAGGCUAUAGGGCCAUUGGUCGAGACUGACUCGUCCAUAAAGGUGAAAACUAUAAUAGCCGAAGUCCAGUCAAGGUUCAACUAUAAUAGCGAACCCAAACUGACGCAUCACUCGGUCCGCAGGGUGCCACUCGAUACACUCAAACGACAACAGCGGAGCAACGAUAUCACACACAUCAAGAUGUCUAUGUAA